AUGGCGGUUGAUGUGCAUAAAGAGGUUCAGCCCACAAAAUUUAUUGACAGAAUAGACGUUAACAAUGAAGAUUACAUACGAGAAUUAUUAAGGCCGCCAGAUAUAAAGGAAGAUGUGAAAUUAAUGCAAGAACGUAGUCGCGUUUCACUCAUCUUACGUUCUGCAUAUUUUCGGAAGGAAUUGGAAAAGAUUGUAGCCUCAUCACUGAAGUCCGGAUGUCUAAACGCUAACGUCGUUGCUCUUAAGCAAAUUAUCGAUUAUCUGACUCCGCAAACUCGUCUGGGAUCUUCUGCCUUCACAAGAGGUGCCACCGUUCCUGUAGUACCGAUCAAUGAUUUACGCGCUGUUCAACUUGAAGGCUAUGUUAAGGGAGAGCGUCUUAUACGAUGUAAACUGGCUUCUGUCUACCGACUAGUUGACAUAUUUGGCUGGAAUACAGGAAUCAAUAAUCAUAUUACGGCUCGCGUUUCCCGAGAUACUGAUGAAUACCUGAUCAAUCCCAUUGGUUUGUUAUACAACGAAUUAACUGCUUCUUCUCUCGUAAAAAUUGACCUUAAAGGUUCUAUUUUGGCUCAAGGAUCUGUUGAUUUAGGUAUUGAUAAACAGAGUUGGAUGUUACAUGCAGCUGUUCACAGUGCCAGACCAGAUGUCAGGUGUAUUAUUCAUCUGAGUACUCCAGCUGCAGUAGCGGUAUCAUGCACAAAUGCAGGCCUUUUACCAAUCAGUCAAGAAGCCAUGAUUUUGGGUGAGACAGCUGUUUACGACCCGUUAAUUGUUUUGAAUAACCUUCAACAAAAUUGGGAAGAAGAUUUAGACUCUCGUAACGAGCGUCAGUUUCAUGCACAUGAAGCAGAAAUAUCUCGAAUAUUUUCUGAAAAAUCUAAUUGUAUGGUUUUACUGGUUCGUAGUUAUGGUCUCCUAGCUUUGGGACAAUCGAUCGAGGAGGCAUGGUUUAUUGCUUUCACAUCCAUGUUAGCGUGUGAAGCACAGUUACGUUUGGCGAGCAUUAGUUUGGAGGAAUUGGUCAUACCUACGAAAGAAGCUCAAGAAGCCGCUCAUUCAGUAGGGCGUACUCCCUCUGCUGUCCAACUUCGGGUCGGCGAAGUCCCUGGUAGUUCAGGUUGGAGGCGUGGAGAACUUGAAUUUGAGGCAUUAAUGCGCAGAUUAGACUCUGCUGGAUACCAUACGGGUUAUGUUUACCGACUAGGUCAAAUUCGUCAGGGUUCGACUGCUGCAUCAACUCUCCAGCGUCCACCUGCUGAUUCACAGGAUGGUUCCUCUGCUCAACAGUCAGCAGUAUCACCUCGUGAUGCCGCAGCCCACGCCCGUCGUGCAGCCAGUCUUGGUCGUGGACUUCGGGGCCUCAAAGAUGUGGAGAUACCUCCCACAGUAUCAUCUUUCGCAACUUUGUACUAUGGGGAUGAGGAAAGUAGAACUGCUGCUGUUGCUGAGAUGAAGGCCAAAACACUUUCACUUUCGCGUGCACACUGGUUGAGCACACCAAACGCCUACCUUCGAGAAGAGAUUGAAGAAGUGGGUACUCCGAAUCCUAAGAAGAUAACUCAUUGGACAGAGGGGUCAGAUAUCAAUAAAACACGCACUGGUGGAAUGGCUGUGCCGCUGAUUGAUCCCAAUCAAUUUGCUUUGCAGGGUUCGGAUCCACAGGAGUUUAAAAAUCAGCAAAAGAAGGUUAAAGAUAAAUACUACAAAGAUAUAAAGUCUGCUGGACCGAAAUCUCGGAUUUUACAGGGUAUUGAUCUGGAAGAUGAAGCAGAUGAAAUUGAUGGGGGAAGUGGAUCACCUAAGGUUGUCAGUCCGAGAGGCACACUGCUUCGAUUAGAUCCUUCUAACCCUCCAUCCUUGGAACCUGGACAUGUUGUUGUGGUUGGCGCAGCUAGUAAAGGUAUCAUAAAUCGUAAUCAAAGACACAAUGUUGGGGUUUAUCAAUCUGUAUAUUCACCAAAUCCGUUUGAUAAAAUGACAGACGAAGAUCUCGAACGCUAUAAGGAAAAUGUUGAACGUAAGGCUAAAGGCCUACCCUCAUUAGAGGAAGAAGAAGCAAGAGCUCGCAUAGAAGAAGCUCGACAGGCUGCAGUUGUUGCACGAGAGGCAAUGGAGGCGGCUUCUCGCAUGGGAGCAGCACAAAAGUACAAUGGAGAACCUAGUUUAGACGUAAGUCGUAUUAGUGCAAUUCGGUCAGAUACCAGUGGAGCUGAAGCUAGCCAUGAUGAUACUGAGAAAGAGGCUAGAAAAGAUGAUGGCAGUAUAACAGAAAAGAAAAAGAAGCGUCGUUUCAAAAUGCCUUCAUUUGCUCGCAAGUCCAAAACAAAGGAAUUUAAAGAAAAGAAAUGAAAAAAAACGUAUUCGUUGCUACUCGGGCUACUUAUAUAUAUAUAUAAGUAGACAAUAUAUCAAUGACCUCAAUUUUUUCAGCAAUAGAAGCGCGCGCCGAAAUGAUUUUCGAUUGGGAUACUUUAUUGUUCACUUUAAUUGCUACCUUCCUAUCAGUGUGCCCAGCUUUAUUUAUAUCAGUCUAGUUAACAUUGUUUAGUUGCGUAUGUUGUUAUUAUUCUUGCUUACAUUGAAUAUUGUUUUCGUUGCUUAUGAUGUAACCUGAAUCUUCCCAUAAUAUAUAUAUAUAUAUAUAUAU